GUUUCCUGCUCGAGAGCGGCGCGUGGAUCCAUAUCGGGGGGUUUAUUAUAGCGGAAGCGCGCGGGAGGAACAGGACUAUAAUAUACUAUUAUAUCAUAUUAUAUUAUUUUACUCUCUGGAGGAAGUGUUGCUGUUUUUUCCCCCCAUCGGGAGGCGUGUUUAUUUUAUAUUCCUAUUUAUUUAUUUGCAUCUAUUUCUAAGGGAAUAACCGUUUGAUCUCAUCUAAGAAAAGUAACCAUGACGAGCGCUACGUCCCCCAUCCUACUCAAAUGGGACCCUAAGAGCCUGGAGAUCCGCACCCUGACCGUGGAGAGGCUGCUGGAGCCGCUGGUUACGCAGGUGACCACUCUGGUGAACACCAGUAACAAAGGACCGUCCAGUAAGAAGAAGGGCCGCUCUAAGAAGGCCCACGUCCUGGCCAUGUCUGUAGAGCAGGCCACGCAGAACUUCCUGGAGAAGGGCGAGCAGAUCGCCAAGGACAGCCAGGACCUGAAGGAGGAGCUGAUCACCGCUGUGGAGGAAGUCCGGAAGCAAGGUGAGAGUAUGCGCGUGGCCUCCUCAGAGUUUGCUGAUGAUCCCUGUUCUUCAGUAAAGAGAGGAACGAUGGUCCGAGCUGCUCGCGCUCUUCUCUCGGCCGUCACUCGUCUCCUCAUCCUCGCCGACAUGGCCGAUGUCAUGAGACUGCUCGCUCACCUCAAAAUCGUGGAGGAGGCCCUCGAGGCGGUGAAGAACGCCACCAACGAGCAGGACCUGGCAAACCGCUUUAAGGAGUUUGGGAAGGAGAUGGUGAAGCUGAACUACGUCGCUGCUCGCAGACAGCAGGAGCUGAAGGACCCUCAGUGUCGUGAUGAGAUGGCGGCUGCGCGCGGUGCUCUGAAGAAGAACGCCACCAUGCUGUACACGGCGUCUCAGGCCUUCCUGCGGCACCCGGACGUAGCGGCCACUCGCGCCAACCGAGACUACGUCUUCAAGCAGGUGCAGGAGGCCAUCGUGGGCAUCUCCAGCGCCGCCCAGGCCUCCUCCCCCAACGAGGAGAAGCACGGGCACGCCGGCAUCGGGGAGCUGGCCGCCGCCCUCAACGAGUUCGACAACAAGAUCAUCCUGGACCCGCUGACGUUCAGCGAGGCUCGGUUCAGACCUUCUCUGGAGGAGCGCCUGGAGAGCAUCAUCAGCGGCGCCGCCCUCAUGGCCGACUCAUCGUGCACGCGCGAUGACCGCCGCGAACGCAUCGUGGCCGAGUGCAACGCCGUGCGUCAGGCGCUACAAGACCUCCUCAGCGAGUACAUGAACAAUACGGGAAGGAAAGAGAGAGGUGACCCACUGAACUCUGCAAUUGACAAGAUGACUAAGAAGACCCGGGACCUGCGGAGACAGCUGAGGAAGGCGGUGAUGGACCACAUCUCUGAUUCCUUCCUGGAGACCAACGUUCCUCUGCUAGUCCUCAUCGAAGCAGCCAAGAGCGGCAACGAGAAGGAGGUGAAGGAGUACGCCCAGGUCUUCCGCGAACACGCCAACAAACUGGUCGAGGUGGCUAAUCUGGCAUGUUCUAUCUCCAACAACGAGGAAGGGGUGAAGCUGGUGCGCAUGGCGGCUACACAGAUCGACAGCCUGUGUCCUCAGGUGAUUAAUGCUGCGCUGACGCUGGCGGCUCGUCCCCAGAGCAAGGUGGCUCAGGACAACAUGGACGUCUUCAAAGACCAAUGGGAGAAGCAGGUGCGCAUUCUGACCGAGGCUGUGGACGACAUCACCUCCGUCGAUGACUUCCUGUCCGUCUCAGAGAACCACAUCUUGGAGGAUGUGAACAAGUGUGUGAUAGCUCUCCAGGAGGGCGAUGUGGACACCCUGGACAGGACAGCAGGGGCGAUCCGAGGGCGCGCGGCUCGCGUGGUCCAUAUCAUCAACGCCGAGAUGGAGAACUACGAGCCGGGCGUGUACACCGAGCGGGUCCUGGAGUCCAUCAAGCUGCUGUCUGAAACCGUGAUGCCCCGCUUUGCCGAGCAGGUCGAGGUGGCCAUUGAAGCUCUGAGCACAAGCCCACCCCAACCUUUCGAGGAGAACGAGUUCAUCGACGCCUCACGUCUGGUCUACGAUGGUGUGCGUGACAUCAGGAAAGCCGUCCUCAUGAUACGGACCCCUGAAGAGCUGGAGGAUGACUCUGACUUUGAGCAAGAAGACUAUGACACCCGGAGUCGUACCAGCGUCCAGACCGAAGACGACCAGCUCAUUGCUGGCCAGAGCGCAAGGGCCAUCAUGGCUCAGCUCCCUCAGGAAGAAAAGGCGAAGAUCGCUGAGCAGGUGGAAAGCUUUCGGCAGGAGAAGAGCAAGCUGGAUGCUGAGGUGGCCAAGUGGGACGACAACGGCAAUGAUAUCAUCGUGCUGGCCAAACAGAUGUGCAUGAUCAUGAUGGAGAUGACAGAUUUCACCAGGGGAAAAGGCCCACUGAAGAACUCAUCUGAUGUGAUCAAUGCUGCCAAGAAGAUCGCAGAAGCUGGAUCCAGAAUGGACAAACUGGCCCGAGCUGUGGCUGACCAGUGUCCUGACUCAGCUUGUAAGCAAGACCUGCUGGCUUACCUGCAGAGAAUUGCCCUCUACUGCCACCAGCUUAACAUCUGCAGCAAAGUCAAAGCUGAAGUCCAGAACCUCGGAGGAGAGCUCAUCGUCUCAGGGCUGGACAGCGCUACGUCCCUUAUCCAGGCGGCCAAGAAUCUGAUGAACGCCGUGGUCCUGACCGUCAAGGCCUCGUACGUGGCUUCCACCAAGUAUCAAAAGGUGUACGGAACAGCGGCAGUCAAUUCUCCUGUAGUGUCAUGGCGUAUGAAGGUGCCAGAGAAGAAGCCGCUGGUGAAGAGGGAGAAGCCUGAGGAGUGUCAGACCCGUGUCCGCCGAGGCUCGCAGAAGAAACACAUCUCCCCAGUCCAAGCCCUCAGCGAGUUCAAGGCUAUGGACUCAUUUUAAUUCUACAGGUGCAAAGAAAAUAAAGGUUCAAAGGAACCAACCCCUCAAAUUCCUUUAGACUUUCCAACUAACUUUCAGACUUUUUUCUUUUCUCCUCAUUUCCCAUUUGCAGUUUCCUGUAUCCUGUUUCAUGUAGAGGCAAAGGUGUGGCCGUGGAUACUCUUGAUUUUCUUUCUGGAGAACAACAAAUGCAUUGCGCCACAAAACCAAGACACAAGUCGGACAAGGGCAUGUCUUUACUAAGCUUCAGUGCUAUUCAUGUGGUGUUUGUUAGAUACCAGUGUUAACUACUGACCAGCCAUAUUUACUGUACACAGAUAUUAUGACAUCCCUAGUUUAAAAAGAAAAAAAAAAAUGAGUGAAGAAUGGCCAUGACUUAAGUCAGUUAAGGAAACAAGAUAAGUAAUGUUCAUGGUCAUGACUUGUUACCAAGAGAAAAUGAGUUAAUUCCAUCAUGUCCAUUACUUCAUAACUAAUUAGGUUUCCUCAAGUCAUAAAAUUAUGCUACAACAUGAUUAUAUUGUUCUUUCAAGUUAUGAAGUCAUAGCCAUGAUUUAAUCGCCUCAUAUUAUCAACUUACCACCUUGUAGCUAUGUAUAACUUUCCCGCACUAAAUGGCCAUGACUUAAUUAUCUUGUCCUGUUGAGUUAAAAACUUAUAGCCAUAAAUCUUCUUAUGUUAGUCUCUCGAGUUACAAAUCUGUGCUCGUGACUUAAUAUCUUGUUUUUAUGUUACAAAGGUAUGGCUAUGACUGACUUCACUUAUUCUUACAAAUGAAACGGUCAUGACUUUUUACCUAAUAAGCCAUGGCUUAUAAUCAAAUUUCUUUACUGUACCAAGUCAUGCACAUAACUUAUAUAUAAUUUUCUCUAAUUACAUAUUUAUGGUCACAGUUUACCUUGGGGUACGCUUAAGUUGCAAAGUUUAGUAUCUCAUUUUCUUUUGUUACAAAUUUAUGUCCAUGACGUAAUUAAGUAUAUCGUUCUCUAAAGUAAUAAAGUUGGGGUUAGGAUUUCAUUAUGUUAGAAAAUAUUUCCAUGACCUAAGUAUCUUAUUCUCUCAAGUUAAAAAAAGCUAUAGUCACAACUUAAUUAUUUAUUUCCCUCUUAUUACAAAGUAAUGGUCAUGACGUCUGACUAUUGUCUUACUAUUUUUAAGUUAAAUAAUCAUGGUCAAGACUUUAUUAUCUUAUUCACUUGAAGCACCAAGUUGUGGACAUGGCAUAAUUAUCUCAUUCUUUUCAGUUACAAAGUCUUUUCCUCAAUUAACACAUUUUUAGUCUUUGCUUAAUCAUCUUGUACCCAAGUUUUGUACAUUCUAAUUUAUGGCAACAAUGUAUUUAUCUUAUUCCCUUGCAUCAUUGAAUUCGUGUUCUUUCAACUUCCAAAGUCAUCACAUAUUAUUGCUAUUUUUUAUUUAUUGCAUUUUUUAAUAGGGAUGUCACAAGAAUGAGAAUGAUAAUAUGUGAUGGCGCAGACCACAGCUCCGGCUUCUGAAGUGUCCUAAAGCUCCUAACUUUGACUGAACUUUAAAAUUCAGAAUGGCUCGUAGUAUUAGAAAUAAGUUUAAGGGUAAAAAUGGGAAAAAAAAAAAAAAAAAAGGAAAAAAAAAAAAAACUUUUUGUCCCGAUAAUUGAUGAUUCACAUAUUUCACAUGGUGACAUGACGUACAAGGUUUUGCCAUUUUAUUUAACUAUUACUGCAUCACUAACUAUUACAGGCUGGUUGGCUAUGGUGUUGAACAUGAUCCUAGAAAUGGACCGAGUUGAGUAGUUGUGUGGUUUGCGCAGAAAAUAAGUAGAAUCCUGCAUAUCUUUAUAGUCACAGUUCUCUAAUAAAC